AUGGCUCCACGUGGCAAACAAACCAGUGAAGAUCAACAAGAAGAUUUCAAGCAGAUCUUGGAAAACUUUACAAAUAGCUUGCAAAACGGUGGUGGAGAACAGGCGGUGGAGAACGCUUUGAUGACGGUGCUACAAACCCAGCAACGCAGAGCUCACAAUGAUGUCAAUUCUGAGGAUGGAGGUGAAGAUAACGUGUUCGCGUUUCCACAACCAGUUCAGGAGGAGCGUCAAAGAGCUGCCCGUGAUCUUCGUCAACAGUGGGGAAAUACUAGUUCUCGUUCUCGUUACCCGUCUCAGCAAGGUGGAGACCCAAACUCUCCUUCCCCAAGAGCUUCCUCUGUGACUAAAACAGAACAACCUACAGACUCCAUUGCGUGUUCUCGACAACCUCACACUGGUGCUUCGCGUUGUUUCACUUGUGGAGAGACAGGCCACCGGCAAACAGCCUGCCCUACUUAA